AUUUUAAAUAAACUGCACAAUCUAAAUCCAUAUGGUGGGUUACACAAAUCUGUAAUAUGGAAAAAUUCUUACUUUUCUCGCGCGUAUUUUGAUGCUCAUUGAACUACUAUACGGAUUUUUUUGGCACCGUUUAUGUCAUAUUUUGUAUUUAUAGCGAUAACACGUAUCGCGAAAGGAUAGUUUAGUUAACGCAUACUUGUGUGAAUCUAAGUUAAUAUUAUAUUCUGAAUUUUGUGGAGAUGGGUCUGCCUUGUGAUUGGCAGAUCAAGAAACAAAAACUUUUAGAACGUAGUCAAUAUUUAUUAGAAACAGGACAAUGGUCCGACUGCAAAUUUAUAGUUGGGCAAGAACCCCAUCAACAAACACUAAAAGGGCAUAAAUUAUUUUUGGCCAUGUCUAGUCCUGUCUUUGAAGCUAUGUUUUUUGGGGGUAUGGCAGAAAAAAAUGAUCUGAUACCUAUCCGAGAUGUUCAACCAGAAGCUUUUAAAGCUCUCUUGGAAUACAUAUAUACAGAUAGAGUUGAUUUAAAUUCUUUUGAACUAGCUUGUGAAUUAUGUUAUUGUGCCAAAAAAUAUAUGCUUCCUUCUCUGGUAGAAGCAUGUACAAAAUAUUUAUGGUCUGAUGUAUCUCCAAAAAAGGCUUGCAGAGCAUAUGAAUUUGCUAAAUUAUUUGAAGAACCUGUACUGAUGGACAAGUGUCUUCAUAUCAUUUGCACCAAAACAAAUGAAGUUUUAAAAGAACCUAAUUGGGAAGAAAUUGAGUUUGGAACAUUAUUGACAGUUCUAGAGCAAGAAAAUUUACAAAUAAAUUCUGAAAUGGAACUAUUUAAUGCAGUGGAACGUUGGGCCAAAGCUGAGUGCACAAGAAAAUCUCUUGAUUCUAAUGAUGGAAAAUCUUUAAAGUCAGUAAUUGGAAAUGCAUUAUCAAAAAUUAGAUUUUUAAGCUUAAACCCUCAGGAAUUUGCAGAAGGGACAGGAAUGUCGCCAUUACUUACUCAAGAUGAAACUUUUGCUAUCCUUAUGAAUAUAUUAUGUACUGGGAAUACAACACCAAUGCCUGAAGGAUUUUCAACUAAUUUACAAGGCAGAGCUAAUCUACAUUUAGAUAUUUUCGGUGUAAGUUGUGUAAAUACUAAAUAUAGAAGUGCUAGACCUCGUUCUAAUUGUUCAUACAUACAAUAUGUUGGAUCUAGCAAUACAUUACGAAAUACACCUCCAAUAAUAAUUGAAAAUGGAGUCAGAAAGGAUGCUGAAAAUUUGUCAGUAAAUAAUUCAUCUCCUGUUAUAGUUGAAGGAGGUGUACGAGAUGGACCAAAAUAUUAUUGUCAAAGAGUUGUACUUCAUCCAUCACACUGUGUUAAUACAAAUGUAUUAGACUGUUCUGUGACUUUUAGUGUAGAUAAAAAUAUUUGUGUAUUGGGUGUACAAAUACCUACACAAAUUCUUCGUCCAGCUCGCGAUGAUUUAAUUUCAUAUAAUGAAAUUUUGUAUGCUCAUCUUCUUGAUUCUGAUAAUACUCGAUUAACUUAUACACACUUUACAACAAAAGCAGAUUUUAAUUCUCUCGUGGAAAUUACGUUUAAUCGACCUGUUUAUAUUCAGAGAAAUAAGGUGUAUCGAGUUGGGGUGGUUUUUAAUAAACUUGGUUGGUAUCCAAUGGGAGUCUGUACCGAAAACGUGCUCUGUAAUUCUGUAUUCUUCACGUUCGGUGUCGGUAACAGUUCGGAUGAUGUACGAAAUGGUCUUAUUCGAUCUAUAGUUUUUACGUAUCAAGGUGUUACUAUGUAA